AUGGGGUCCGUUUCCACCGGUUGGAAGCUAACCGCUGCCUUGAGGGAUAACAUAUACAAAUAUGCUGCCUUUCCUCAGACCUCCGUAAAUAUAAGACAAAUGGUGCAGUUUGGGCCGAGUCCGUCCCCUGGACUGAUCUUUCUUGCAUCUCAGUUCAUCGUAGAAGAGCUUCCAAUUCGAUUGGCCUUGAAAGUCCGGGAUUUGGACAAUGCGCCUCUUGGUUUGCUGAAAAUGCCUUCUACUAUUAAGGUCAAAAAUUGGUACGCACAGUCUUUUGAGGAGCUCACUUCGUUGCCCAAGCCCAAAAUCGAUGACAAUUUAAAGAAGCUACUUUUCAGUGCAGGCACAGAACAGUCCAUAAGGGACGCCGCCAAAUUGGCGCUGGCUGAGAACUUGAAAGAAAUUGAUGUCAUUCAGGAGACUAUCAAUUUGGCGCAAGUCGAGAAGUCAAAUCCAGCCGUGAACAAUCUUUUUUCGGACGACGGAAUGGUGGUAAGAUCACAUAGUCAUGGAGGAGCAGAAAGUGCUGCUAGCACACGCACCAGAACAGAAUCGCCAACUUUUGGUAAAACAUAUUUUAACCCUUGUCCUAGCGACAUUGUGUGGCCCAAGGAGGUCUACGACUACAAUAAAUUAGUGUGCGAUGCGUUAACAAAGAUUAAAAAGAGACAUGAUGCUACGGUUGCCACUAUGGCUCAAGGUGUACAAGAAUGGAAGACCGAGCAUAAGCUCAUUCAAGUCAAUUCAGCUAUUCAAACUUUCUUGGAUCGCUUUUACAUGCUGCGUAUCGGUAUAAGAAUGCUCAUUGGUCAACACAUUGCACUCAAUAUGUCACAAGCUCUGGCAACGAGACAGAAAAUAAGUAAGUUUUUGAAUGGUUCCAACGGCAAUUCCUUGUCUUCCAAGAACGUUCGCAACAACUACGUUGGCGUGAUUUGUACUGACUGCAAUGUCAAAGAGAUUGCCGAAGACGCCAUUGAAACCGCAAAAUACAUUUGCGAAGAAUACUAUGGUCUUUUUGAAGCACCCGAGAUCCGCUUGAUCGCACCACAAGAACUGAUAAACUUCAUGUACGUCCCCGGCCACUUGAUUCAUAUGUUUUUCGAGGUGUUGAAGAAUUCUUUGAGAGCAAGUAUCGAAUUUCAUACGCCGUUGCUCAAACAAAAGAUGAUGGACGAGAAUCCCAACCUCAAGGCUGAAGAAAUUGACCUCAAUGACUUAAAAUUUCCUCCUAUCAAAGUCAUUAUAUCAGAAGGGUAUGAGGAUAUUACCAUCAAAAUUUCAGACGAGGGUGGUGGUAUUGCAAGAAGCGAGGUCCCAUUGAUCUGGACCUAUCUUUACACCACCGUAGACCAAACACCAACUCUUGAUGCGGAGUACAACCAAACAAGCUUCAAGGCACCUAUGGCUGGCUUUGGCUACGGGCUUCCCAUUUCCAGACUUUAUGCUCAGUACUUUGGCGGCGAUUUGAAGCUCAUCUCAAUGGAGGGCUACGGUACAGACGUAUACAUCCACUUGAAUCGGUUGAGCAGCUCGCUGGAGCCACUUGCUUAG